AUGGUUCUCCCGAUCAGCAACCCAACAAAGUCCUACUGGAUCGAGGGGGCUGAGUCCCCCCUCCGCAACUUUCGUUCGACCGAGGAGCUGCCCAAGGAAGUCGAUGUGGUAAUUGUUGGCAGUGGUUAUGCCGGUGCGACGACCGCGUACUGGCUUCAAAAGUUCACGGAAAAUGCGCCGCAAAAGCCCAAGAUGCUCAUGCUGGAGGCGCGCGACAUUUGCGGCUCAUCAACAGGCCGCAACGGCGGACAGCUGAGGCCUCACGCCUACUCACGCUACAAGCCGUGGUCCGUCCGUUUUGGCCCCAAGGUUGGAAUGGAGCUCAUCAAGCAUGAGAUGGCGCAUCUCCCCGCAUUCAAAGAGCUCGCAGCCGCAGAAGGCAUCGCUGAGGAGAUCUGCCUGAAGUUCGGCGAGACCUUUGACGCGGCCAUGACGGACGAGGCAUGGGAGCGUCUGAAGGGCAACUACGAGGCCAUGAAGAAGGACCAUGGAGAGGGUGACGAUGUGGUCAAGGUCUGCAGGCUGAUUGAGGAUCCGAAAGCCGCGGAGGAGUUCACACAGAUGAAGUCUUGCGUGGGCGCGGUGGUGCAUCCCGCCGGUCAAGUAUGGCCGUACAAAUUCGUCCACGCCUUGCUCAGGAAAGUCCUUGAGACGGGCAACCUGAACCUCCAAGCACACACACCCGCCGAUAGCGUUUCUGAAAAGGAUGCCGACGGCUGGGUGACUGUGAAGACCCCAAGGGGCGAUGUUAAAGCAAAGGCUGUAGUGCACGCCACCAACAGAUGGGCCUCGCACCUUCUGCCUAAUUUCAGCAAUCUGAUCUUUGAAGACCGAUGCACCAUCGCGUCUUUGAAGGCUCCGGAAGGCUUCAUCAAGCAUACUGGUGCUCAGCACUGGGAUAGCAACGUUAACAACUACCAUCUUCAACUCCCACCGCCAUACAACAACAUUAUCAUCGGCGGCGCGAGGCAACUUCUCUGCCAUUACCCGGACAAGUGCAUUCUCAACGACGAGGAAGACCAGCAAUUUGAGGGUGCCCCCGAGUUUUACGAGACGUGGCCAUCAUCAGACAUUGUUGGCUGGGAGGGUGGAGAAAAGGCAGAAUUUGCCAAGCCUGUUAACGAGGGCGGCUGCUGGUCCGGUGUUGACUCCUCGAGCAUUGACGGAUUCCCCUUUGUCGGGGCUAUCCCCAAACAAGACGGACAUUUCGUCACAGCGGGAUUCUCAGGCCACGGCAUGCCCAGAAUUCUGGGCUCUACCGCUCAUCUCACCCCUCUCAUACUCGACGCCUUGGCUGUCAAGUACACCGUCCCAUCGAUAGUCGCACCGUUCCCUCCCUUGCCGAGUCCCUUCUUUGCCACUGCUGAGCGGAUUGAGAAGUUGCAAAAGGUUGAUGCCGCGCCGAAAUGGGAGGAGGAGAGAAAGAGCAGUUUGGAAAGCGCGAAAAAGCCGUUCUGCAACGACGCUCGCAGCCGCCCGAGACUGUAG